AUUACUUUACUUGUGUUGUAGCCAUUUUUAGAGCCUUGACAGAUUAAUCAUGAAGAUUUUUAUCAACAUUCUCACGGUUCCCAACAAUGGAAAUUACGGAUUUGAAUGUGAGCCGUCCAACACAAUACAAAUUUUAAAGAAAAAAAUAGAAUCUGAAUUGAAAAUUCCAGAUUACUUUCAGCGACUUUUAUAUACAGGGGACAUACUGAAUGAAGAAAGAACUAUUUCCAGUUACAAAAUUCGAGAAAAUUCCGUUCUUAAUUUAGAUCUUCGAUUCAGGGACGAUUUAAAAAUCAAAGUCAAGGCAAAAAACGGAAGCACGGCUACGUUUGAACUUCAAACGCAGACUUUAAUCGAAGAUAUAAAAUUCAAACUCAAAGGAAAAGAAGGCUUCUCCUCAAACCUAGAAAACUUUGCUCUAUUUUUUUCUGGGAGAGAAUUAGAAGGAAGGAAAAGUUUAUCAUUUUACAAAAUCGCGGAUGGAUCAACAUUGUUUCUCGACUUUCUUGAUCAAAAAAUGAAAAGGAUCUCGAUCAAAACUAAUUCGAAGACGAUUAGAAUGGAUUACAAUCCUGCUGAUAAAGUUUCAACUAUAAAGUCUGAGAUUGAAAGACUGGAAGGCAUUCCAAUUUUUCUUCAACGUCUGAAAUUUAAUAACGAAGAAAUGAAUAAUCACAACAGUUUAGAAAGUUAUCAGAUUAAAAUUGAUUCAUGUCUCCAGUUGGAUCUUUGUUAUCAGGAAAUGCAAAUUAUGAUUCAAAAUCGUACAGGAAAAAUAAGAAAUUUCGACGUUAAAGCUUCUGAUACCAUUCAAGAGAUUAAAGCCAAAAUUCAAGAGAAAGAUGGCUUCAAUCCUAAGCACCAAUAUUUGCUUUUCGAAGGAGAAGAACUUGAAAAUGAAAAAUCUCUCUCUGACUACAAUAUCCGGACUAAAUCAACCCUUCAUUUGGUUCUGACUUCAGACGCAAACUUAGAUGAGCAAAUGCAAAUUUUCGUACGUACGAUGGAUGGAAGAUCAAUAAUUUGCGACGUUGAACCUUCUGAUACUAUUGAGAAUCUUAAGAUCAGAAUCCAAGAGAAAGAAGGUGUUUCCCAAUAUCAGCAGCAUUUAAUCUUUAAAGGAAAGGCAAUGGAAGACGAUAAAUCGCUUUUAGCUUGUAACAUUGAAAAAGAUUCAACGCUUUAUCUUAUUUUGUGUUUACCAAAAAAAAAGGAAAUUUUUGUGCAAAACGCGAGUGGAAGCACUAUAAAUUUGGAAGUCAAUCCUGCAGAUACGAUUGAAGAUGUUAAGGCUAAGAUUUCGGAGAAGGAAGGCAUUUUAAUUUGUCAUCAACGUUUAAUUUAUGGUUCGAAACUACUGGUAAAUAAUAAGACUAUUAUUGAAUAUGGCAUUUGCGAAAGGGCAACGUUACGCCUCGGUUUGCGUUCGUGUUAGACUACAUAUAAUACAAAAUAAGAAAAAUGAAGAACAAAUUUAAUUGUUUUACAUAACAUUUUUUUUUAAUAUCUUCGCAGUAGAAUCGUAAGACACCCGUGAC